CUUCCUCGUUCCCGCUUCCGGUUCCGGUCUCGUCGGCCGCGCCAGCCUCGGGAAGGUCGCGCAGGGCGGACGAGUGGCCGCUGCUUCUUGCCGCUGUCAUGUUUUCCGCCGGUGUCCGCCGCUUCGCUACCUCCGCCAUCCGCCGCAGCCACUAUGAGGAGGGACCCGGGAAGAACCUGCCAUUCUCUGUGGCAAACAAGUGGCGGCUGCUGGCAACAAUGUGUGUUUUCCUUGGGAGUGGGUUUGGUGCCCCCUUCUUCAUCGUCAGACACCAGCUGCUGAAGAAAUGAAGAGGACAGGCUGUAGCUGCACUGGCUGGAGUUGAAGUCUUCUACACAGCAUCGUUCAAUGGGGAUAUGAUGGCUGCAACCCAUGCUGGAUGUCUCUAAAUAAAAUCUUAAACCCCACGGG